AUGACUGUUCACUGCAUGGGCAACUCUGCCAGUUAUGGCUCUCAUAUAUCGAAGUGGAUCUCAGGAUCACCUGUAGAGCUCUCGACCCGGUGUAUGUCUCAAAAACGCGUUUCUACCACCCAAGAAGAUACCUGCUUACUCGGUGAACGAACAGUAAAUGAACAGACAACCAAUGAUUACACUUUCAUCCAUUCGCGCAAAGUGUCUUACGUUGACGAUUACUGGUCUUACCGAGAUUGUGAUAGUGAAAGGUCAGAUCUUACACUGAUUCGCGCAGUUCCAGCUGCACCUAGAAAUCCGUCAAAGACGCCACCUUUCCCUAAACUCUUGAAGAUGGAAGUAUUGAAGCACACUCAACAACGACGCAUAAUGGCAAACGUUAUCGAAAUCAACUCCAAAGCUAUUGAAGUCAGACCUGAAAAGUCCCCGGAUUCUCCAGGAAACGGCUGUUCGAACUGA